CCUACUGUUUUACCGUCGAACGAAAUGAAAAGUCAAAGUGCAGAAUUUUUGUCAAUGUCAUGACGGACGCAAAAAGAGCCCGGAAGGACCGAACAAUACGACAAUUUACUCCUCCAUUAAAUGAAUCUCCGUACAGUGAACGCGACUUCAGUCCGACAGUUCGGAAUGCCUGCCUCGCUAACAAGACGGGAACUGUUGGGUUAAAGGUGUCUAAAAUGAUAGUUGUCGGAGAUGUUUCUGUCGGCAAAACAUCUCUUGUCCAGCGGUUCUGCCAUGAGUGCUUCGACCGGGACUACAAAGCCACCAUCGGCGUCGACUUCGAAGUGGAAAGAUUUGACAUUCUCAGCGUUCCCUUCAACUUACAAAUAUGGGACACAGCAGGCCAAGAGAGAUUCCGAUGUAUAGCCGCAGCCUACUACAGAGGUGCACAUGUUGUUGUGAUCGUCUUUGACAUGAUGGACCCCUACUCACUGGAGAGCGUGACCAGGUGGCAUGAAGAGGCUCUAAGGGAAAACAAUGGACAAGUUCAUCUCUUUCUAGUUGGGACCAAAAAAGAUCUUUGUACCAAGCAACAAUAUGUCGAGGCUGAAGAGCGCGGUUUUAAAAUGGCCCAACAAAUAAAAGCUGAAUACUGGGUACUCUCAUCAUUAACAGGUGAGAACGUCAAUGACUUUUUCUUCCGUGUGGCUUGCAUCACGUUCAAUGAGGCAGUCAGCAGGGAAGUUCAAGACAUGGAACUCAAGUCAAAGAAAAUCUCGGUAUCCAGCGGAAGUAAUCUCAUAAAAUUGAAUAAACCCGGCGAUCUUGACGCAACACUGAAUGACGGAAAGUGCUCCUGCUGAUGAAAGGGCAACACAAAAUGACCUUUUCGUAAUAAAUUUCAGUUACACACACAGCUCAUCACCAUAUGCCUAGAUAUAACCCCGCCUUUAUUCGCCACCGUGACAGCAAGACGUUGAACUUGAUUGGCCACCACACCAAGAUUUCGCAAAUAUAUUUCAGUUACACACACAGCUCGUCACCAUAUGCCAGGAUACAACCCCACCUUUAUUAGCCACCGCAGCAACAAGAUGUUGAUUUGAUUGGCCACAUGCCAAGAUUUCGCAGGUGGUCAGCCAAUCACACUCUUUGUACAAUAAAGAGAGCACAUUCAUCAAGGAGGCCUUACUAGAAAUCCACCAAAUGUAAUAUCCUUUUAUAUAUCAGUACAUGUACAUACCUGAAGCAACUAUUUUGUGUAUAAGGCCAAAUAACAAAAAUUGAGUUUCUUGUCAAUGUUUCUUUAAAGCUACCCUUUUGUUAUCGGAUUUUCCAAGAUUGAUUCUUAAAUUUUCUCGACUCUUUUGCUGAUAUUUUUGUGUCCAAAAGAGCCAUCACCCUUUCUACCAGAACUUGCAUACAUACAGGGUGUCUAAAAAAUAACCUGAACUCUCAAAACAGCCUCUUUUUCACCGUAUUGCAAGAAUAUAUCACAAUUAUCUGUACAUAUUUAGAGAGUGCAUGCCAUAAGCUUUUCAACAACGAAAAAAUCUUUGCAAUCGGGUACAUAUUUAUUGAGUUAUGGCCAACUAAAAAAUGAGUAUCACUUUUUCAAUCUGUCCAUGGCCUGAAUUGUUAUUUUGUUAGGAAUGGAAUGGAUUUUGGGUGAGGGUAGUUUUGCUUUCUUUAUUGUCUUUCUCUCUUUAUUUGGUUCUGUUUAUUUUUUGUUUAUUGCAACAAUGGUCAUUGAUCCUUUUGGAAUUAAUGUAGUCCUGAAAAGAACUGUUUGGUUAACUUCUUAGAUGUUUACUUAACUGCUCCGUCUUUGCCCUCUACUUGGUAGCCCUUUUCGCAAAUGCAAAAUUCGGACCGUGCUCUUUUUGCGACAAUCAAAAAAUUGGUCGCCGUGGAUGAAAUGAAAAGUGGUACUUGUUUUCAAUUGGCCAUAACUCAAUAAAUAAUUACCAAAUUGGAAAUAUUUUUUUGUGAAAAAGGGUGAUCUGAGGGUAAGGGGUUUGUUUGACACCCUGUUUGUGGGACACAAUUUUUCUGGAAACACAUAAAAAGAUUGCAACAAAAUUGCUUGUUCAAAAACAGAAGGGAGAAAAAUAUAAGAGGUGGCCGGGAAAAAACGAAGCUUGCAGGGAUGAGAAACUGUUUUAUUUUUUUAUUUGGCCCGAAGUAAAUGUUUGUGUCUUUAGGGUCUGUGUUGUACACUGUCAAUGGCAGUAUAAUUGCGACGAAGCAGACAAAACCAAUUUUCAACUAAAUGUUCACAAAUUCAAAUAAUGUGUUCAUGUUAAAAGUUUAGUCCAAGAACAUGCCAGAAAUGUGUUCAAGCGUUCUCGCUUUAAAAUAAGUUGUUUGUUUUUUUCUGCCACACGAGGGCGCUAUUAAUUAGGCAAAAGCUGCCAGAAUUCUUACAAGCAUGAUCAAACUUUUUUCACCACCACUGGCAGUACUGCUUUAACAGAAAAUGAUUCUGGUAUAUGUGCAUUUCAUUUCAUUAGAACACCCGAGUAAAUUCUCAUCAUGUGAUUGGUUAGUCGUUCAUCACAUGUCAUUGAAUUAUUCGUCCCAAUGCACAGCCAGGCCACACCGCAAAAAGAGAAGUUCCAUUCAACGGUAAAUACAAGUUUGAUUGCAUGGUCACAUGAUUGGUAGCUCAGACCAAUCAGAUGACGAGGAUUUAUUGAGGUUUUAAAACAAGCAAUGAAUGUUUCGUGCAAUGGAAACACUAAUUUUAUGAGGUGACAACUUCUUCUCUUCGAAUGGAACAUUCCAUCUGUCAUCUCAUGAAAUUAUUGUUACCAUUGCACUCAUAAACAUUCCUUGUUUGUAUUCUAUUUGUUGUCUUUCAAAUCCUACACAUACAUUUAUCAGAUGCUUUAAUAUAAAAAAAACUGAACGAGGUUUUAAAAUUACUUAUUAAUUUAUUUUCUGGUCCAGAGAAAACAGGAUCUGAAUAAUCCUUUCCUUUAAAUGCUAUGUAUGUUUGCAGGUUGCAUUUAUGUACUACUUACCACCAAAGAUUUUCAUGUUGAUAUGUUUUUUGUCUGAAUGUUAUAUUUUCUAAAAUACUGUAUUCUUUAACUUCUGUCAAGUUAUCUUUCGUCGAGUGGUAUUUAAUUGUUGUUGGUGGAUAUAAAUUUUGUUAAUAUAUAAUAUGUAAAAUAUGUGAGCGCAGUUCUUGAUUAACUGAAUGCAACACAAAAAAAUACCAAUUACGUGUAAAAAUGGGCAAUUCUGUAAAUUCGGACGUACAUGUCAGACACUUUAAUUAGCUGCUGUUGGAAAAGUGAAUUGGAUACAUCUGAGUGGAAGUUUUGAAGAACAAAAGUUUUGAAUAGAGUAUGUGGAGUUCAUUGACCUCUCAAAGGUCACCAGAGGUUAAAUAUGAAAUGCCUCCAUAUCUGAAAAUUUUCUUCAUGGCAUGAAGAACCAACAUGCAAAGUUUCAUGCUUUUAACACAAUUUGCACAAUUCUUUAGCAUAUUGGGGCUACAUGCCGCACCACUAUCACUGAUAUGUGACAUCUAAUGAGUAAACGAAUAAUAACGGAACAAACCGAAAUACCACCACCUUAACAACUUUGUACAUCAUGCAGUUGUGUGUAUGCAGAAACUUGAAUUUUACAGAAUUGCCCUAUAAAAAUUGUAAAUUUGGAUGAAAUUUGUUAAUUUAUUACAGGAGAGGGGUUAUGACCCUUGUUUAAAAAAAUUCAUUCAUUAGUAUCAAAGGUAGGGUGAUUUGUGCAUUGUUUUUGUUUGAAGCAACAAAAGUGCACAAUAUCCAAAGACGAAUAACAACUAACCUCAUGAAGUGUUAGCUCAGUGAAUGCUGUAUAUUUUAAGAAAACAAUAUUCUAGGAUCUUAAUUUCAAUUCAAAAGUUGGCAAGUCAUAUGUUGAAUUGUGCAUGAAAUCUGCUUCUGGGACAUGUUCUUAUUCAUCUGAUUGCAGCUACUCAGUCACACCCUGAAUCGACAAAUAACAACUGUGCGCGCGUAUGCGUCAUGUCAAUGCUUGCGUCACUUGACGCAACUGCCUUCUUUUAUUGUUUUCUUCAAAGUGACAGCAUGCCAGAAAGAGUAAAUUCACAGGAAGUUUAAACCAAGUGAACUUUUAGACAUUUUUUGUUUGUCAGUUAAUUUUUGAAUAGCUGCAAAUAUUAUAAUCUACUCUACCUUUAACUGUCAGUAUUUCAAUUUGGGCGAUUCACAAUGCAGUGCACCACCGAAACUUUUCCAUGGAGAGUCCAUUUUUCAAGUUUACGGUCUACAAAACAUGGCCCAUUUGAGUGUCAGUAGACAACUUGAGCGAAUUUGUUAGAGAUUAGGGCAUAACAUUCUGCCGUCUUACUUAAAACACCAUAUGGACAAAAAGAAAAGCAAAGUGCAAACAGAUACCAGAAUCAUACACUUAAGAAACUACUGACCAGAAAAACGAACAAUUUCAAAUAUCCAGCGCUGCGAAAUUGUUGACCAUCUCCCAUAUAUGAUGCACUGGGGAAAAAGAACUCUCUGUGGCAAACUCUUAGUGGUGCACUGCAUUGUGAAUCGCUCGAAUUUCCAUCAAAGCUAAUAUAAAACAACUCAGAUAGUUAAUGAAAUAUAAGCCAUUACAAAAUUGAAA